GCAAUUUAUAAUUAGGGUUAAAACUUCUUCACGUUAGUGAUUAAUCGUUUGGAACCUGGUAAUUAAGGAUGGAGGUUAUUGUGGCAUCUUCGCAUGGUGAUGAUGGAAUAGGGUGCUGGGAGCUUGAGACAGGUGCUGAGCAGCUUCGCUAUAAAUUGUGUUCUUCACCUUCUCAUGGCCUUGUCUCUGUGGGUAGUCGCUUCCUCGCUUCUUCUCAGAUUCGAAACCCUUCAGAAUCCUCUGGUUCUGUUUUCUUCUGGUCAUGGUCCAAGCCUCAAGUUGAAGUUAAGAGUUUUCCUGCUGAACCCAUUAAGCCCCUUGCUGCUAAUCACCCUGGCACCUAUCUUGCUGGUGGAGGUUUGUCUGGUAACAUAUACUUGUGGGAGGUUGAAACUGGCAAAUUGCUUACGAAGUGGAAGGGUCAUUUGAGGGCUGUUACUUGCCUGGUAUUUUCUGAAGAUGACUCACACCUGAUAUCUGGUUCUGAAGAUGGGUGCAUACGAGUUUGGUCUCUCUUCAUGAUAUUUGAUAGUUUGAGAUGUGGGGAAGCCAAUCCUCCAAGUGAGCAUAGUUUUUCAGAGAACACCAUGUGUGUAACUGAUGUUGUGAUUGGUUAUGGAGGGUGCAAUGCAAUUAUAGUGUCAGCUUCAGAGGAUAGGACCUGUAAGGUAUGGAGCUUAUCUAAGGGAAAACUACUGAGAAAUAUAGUAUUCCCUACAAAAAUUCAUGCCAUUGCAUUGGAUCCUUCUGAACAUGUCUUUUAUGCUGGCAGUAGUGAUGGAAGAAUAUUUAUCGUUUCACUUAACACUAAAAGCGUUGCUACUAACAAUUAUUGGAUGCAUAGCGACAGUCAGGCAGUUACUUGCUUAGCAUAUGGCAGGAGCGGGAGUUUGUUAAUAUCUGGGUCAGAGGAUGGAGUGGUUCGUGUUUGGGAUGUGAGAAAUCAUAACAUUGUUCGCAUGUUUAAACAUGCUAAAGGACCUGUAAAUAAUGUUAUUGUUGUUAGACAAGAAUUUGACUUAAGUAAUAGUAUAUCUUCUAAUGUACAAGCAUCCUCAAGAAAGCAUGGGGCUUAUUUACCUCCAUUGGAAAAAUAUGCGAACUCAACAGAUGAAGACUCUGAUCUAAAGACUGUUAUCAGCCUUGGGGGUGGCAGGAGAUGCGUGGAUGUUUCAUACCUCAGUUCUCAUGUGAUAUCUAAUUGCAUUAAGGAACUUCAGCAUCAAGGUUCACAUGCUGCUUCUGAAAUGGAGAUGGAGAAACUAAAACAUGAUUACCAAAGGUCGAUGCAAAUGGUUAACCAAUGGAAGAAAAUGUACGCAAACUUGCAUCAAAUUUGUGUAGAGGUUGUGGUAGAUGGUGAUCAAGCUAGAACAUUAGAUGAAAAUGACAAAUAAGACAGGUUUUCCUUGCCAGGAACUAUUUAAUUUUGGAGGUUGAAUUUGUAUAUCUCUAGCAUCACGAGGUUUCCUUCCGCCAGUUCGGCGUGCUUACUCUUAAUGUUCUUUUUAUUUUAUUUAUUUUUUCCCGCUGCUAUAUUAAAUUUUACCCCCUUUUAUGGGUUUUUAUGCAUAUUUUUCU